UCCACGUUGGACGAAACGAGCGACAGCUGGAGGUGAAAUUUGCGGAGAUUUAAGCGCAUGUGUUCGAACCGCGGUCGUGGUCUCAACUAAUCGCGGCUAAUCGACUCAGGCGCCAUUAACCGAGAUCGCGUGAUUGCACGCAUUGUUUGGUAGUGCGGAAAAGCAAACGCGUCCGACGCGAGUGAUACGUCGUAUUUCCACUCGUACGAUUAUGGCAGAUAGACGGGUUAAUCGAGAAGUGCUAACGAUACUGUUCCUGUGUAUAUUAUGGUAUUUGACAUCGAGCAGCAGCAACGUGGUCGGGAAGAUGUUGCUGUCCGACUUCCCGUACCCGAUGACAGUUACGAUGGUUCAACUAACCUCUAUCACCGUUUAUUCGGGACCAUUUUUCGACCUCUGGGGCGUUCGCAAGGCUACGUCCGAAAUAACCUGGGGCUAUUACUAUCGGUUGAUAGUGCCGUUGGCCAUUGGCAAAUUUAUGUCCAACGUAUUUAGCCACGUCAGCAUAUGGAAGGUCCCUGUCUCGUAUGCACAUACCGUGAAGGCUACGAUGCCUCUUUUCACGGUCAUCCUUUCGAGAGUGAUCUUGAAGGAGAAGCAGACCUACAGAGUCUACAUGAGCUUGGUACCCAUCAUCGGUGGAGUCGCCAUUGCUACCCUGACUGAACUUAGCUUUAAUAUGACGGGACUCCUCAGCGCUCUGGUGUCGACUAUGGGAUUUUCCUUGCAACAUAUUUAUUCUAAGAAGGUACUUCACGAAACUGGUGUUCAUCACUUAAGGCUUCUGUUCAUCCUUGGACGUUUGGCCCUAAUUAUGUUUUUGCCUAUUUGGUUGAUUUAUGACGCGCGAAGUUUAUUACAUGAUCCGGUUCUUAAUGGUCCAACGGGAUUAAAUCACAAAGUCGUGGCAUUGCUGGUUCUAGAUGGCGUACUCAAUUGGAUUCAGAACAUAGUAGCCUUUUCCGUUUUAUCUAUUGUAACGCCACUUACUUAUGCCGUAGCAAAUGCAAGUAAGCGAAUAUUUGUUAUUGCGGUAACUUUGUUCAUAUUAGGUAAUCCAGUGACUGGAUUGAAUGUUUUUGGAAUGACAAUGGCCAUUAUGGGUGUAUUGUUUUAUAAUAAGGCUAAAUAUGAUCAACGACAAGUCAAGCUGCAAGAACCUCUUCUUCCAUCGAAUGCGUUGCAUAUCCAAAAUGGUGGUAGUUCCUAUAAAGUGAAUGGUUGGACUAACAGUAAAAAGGCACAAUGGUAUGCUGUCUAGUCUCAAAUUUGUUGUAAAUUACUUUCAAGGAAGAACCAGUACGAGUUUCAUUCACGAAACUUGUUAUUAGGAUCAAGAAACGCUAUGUGCCUUUGGAAAAGGUAAAGGCGUUCAAUUUCUUUUGAUUGAUAAGACUCAUAUUGGGAACGAAAUGUUUUUUUGAUAAUCGGUUUGGCACAAAGAUACGGUGGCGAGUAUCAUACAUUGUGGUGAACAAACUGCGAUGACGAGUGAUUUCUGUUUAAGUAUCAAUGUUAUUACAAUGGCUUAAGUAAGACCUAUCGAAGACUGGACACCUCUAACACGCAAUAGGAUCCUGUACGGUGCUACUUUAACAUCAGAGUGUAAUUAUAGGUCGUCUAGUAUCCAGUGACAAUUAUUUAAAAAAUGUGAAAUCUCAUUUAAGGUAUUGACUUAAUGUUUACCGAUCUGGAAACUGAAAUGUUACCGACAUUCGCAGUCGGAUAAGUUUCAAUCCUGAAACGUGUUAGCAUUAUCCUAUAUACAAUUUGUGGUUAUGACAAAACCUGCUGGUAAGGUGUCAUUUAUGAUUACGAAAUUAUUCUUGAAGUAUUCGACAAUUGCUGAUUGCUGGAUCGAUCGGAGCUAGUCGAACGUGUUCGUAAGAUGAGCACUAUCUUGCGUUUAUGUUCUUCAGAAAAUACGUUGACAGAAAGCAGUAUUCUGCCCCUAUUUCAUAGCUAUUCUCCAUCCUGCAACACGUUCUGUAAACAUCUAUUGCAAAAUUUUCUGUAUCGCAAUAAUUGUCGCAUAAAAGUCAUUGUUUCUCUUAUGCAGAGGGGGAAUGCGUAAGUAAUUAUUACGGGAAAUGAAGUAAUUAAAUUUACAUGUUACGAUUAAGGCACAUUUUACUAGAAAGUAAAGAAUACUCCACUUUGUACAGACGUGUGUGUGUGCGUGUGUGAGGGAGUGCUUAAGUAUUGUAUGUGUGCCGCGCGUGGAGUGUGGCGUUCCAUAACUGAAGCAAUCUAUAAUACAUUUAUUUUUAUAAAUAAACGCAUGCGUACAAAAAUAUAAUAGCAGCAUAGGGAUUGUUCGAAUGUACCGGCCGGCAUAAAUAAAUAACGUAUGUAUGCGA